GUCAUCGUUCUCCUCCGCACAAAAAAAAAAAACAACAUGCAUGGGACACUAACUUCCUCACAACAGCGAGCUACAUUAUAAAAACCAGUUAAAAUAAUUAUUGUUAUCAUGUCUUUCAUGGGCACCACUUCGGUUUUGCUGCGAACUUUAUCACGAUCUUUCAUUUACGCCAACCCACACCGACAAGUUCACCGUUGGGUUGGACCAACGUUACGUGAGUUAAAAUGUCGUCGGAAAAAAAUGGGUCCGGAGGCCGAACAGCCUCGUUCGGCACACAGCGAUUGGAACUAUAAUGCGGAAAUAUUUGCGUUCGGCAAACGCUUAUCGGAAAAGUUUGACAACAAACUGCUACAGCAAGCAUUCACUCAUCGUUCCUUUAUUGUACAGGAAGAGCAGAAACAGGCCGAGGUCGGCAUUGAAAAACCACAACUAGGUCUGAAAGAUAACCGUGAGCUGUUAGAAGCGGGGUCAAAACUUAUCGAAGAUUAUGUUGACGCUUUUUUGCUGACGGCUUUACCGAAGCUACCACGAGAGGGAAUUCGAUCGAUAGCCGCACAUUUAACUUCCGACGAAAGCUUGGCGCACGUUUCGAAACAUCUGGGAACAAAAGACAUCAUUUUAGCAGCAGAAUUUCCAGUUAAUGAUCAGCUCCUUGCAGAUACCCUAAAGGCGGUUGUCGGAGCCCUUCACCAGUCAUCUGGAGAGGAACGUGCGUUCCUAUUUGUACGGGAUUUUAUCUGUACCCAACUUAACCAGCAAGAUGUUAACGAAUGUUGGAGAGUUAAAGACCCGUUGGAGCUACUACGCCAAUAUUGCCAGGAGAAAAAAAUGGGCGAACCGGAACCGCGGUCUAUCGGUUUAGUGGGCAAGAAUACACUGCUGGCAGCACACAAUGUGGGCAUCUAUUGUAAUAAACAGUACAUGGGAUCAGGAUUUGGUGAAGAUGUGAACACUGCGGUUCGUGAAGCAGCCUGGGACUGUCUGCGGCAGCUGGUCGGAACUACAGUCGACAUGAAGCCAAUCGAUUUCAAUCUGCAGUUUCAGGACGUGACCAGCAAACUGAGGCAACAUACAACUGUGAAGCUAUAACAGUUAUAAAUGGUAAUCUUUCAACAGUAAACUGAUUAGAAGUUGUAAAAACGGUUUUUUAAAAUA